CUGAUCCUCUUUCUUUUCCUCUCUCUUUUGUUUACUUAUCUUUUUACUUGUUAUUUUGUUUAUUAUUUUUUCUUUUCUUAAUUAAUUUAAUUCUCUUCUAGUUAAUGGUAAAUGAUUAAUUAGAACAAUGCCUGAUUUGGAUAAAUGGUUAGAAAUCACCGAGGAAUGUAAAUAUCUUCCAGAAAAUGAUUUAAAGCAACUAUGUGAUGCUGUUAGUGAAAUAUUGUUAGAGGAGAGUAACAUUCAGCCUGUCAGUACUCCUGUUACUGUUUGUGGUGAUAUUCAUGGACAAUUUUAUGAUCUUCAAGAACUAUUCAGAACUGGUGGACAAGUGGGAGAUACAAAUUAUAUCUUCUUGGGUGAUUUUGUGGAUAGAGGAUAUUACAGUUUAGAAACCUUGACUAGACUUUUAAUUCUCAAAGCCAGAUAUCCAGAGAAAAUAACUUUACUUCGUGGUAAUCAUGAAAGUAGACAAAUCACCCGAGUCUAUGGCUUUUAUGAUGAAUGUUUAGCUAAAUAUGGUAAUGCCAAUGCCUGGAAAUACUGUUGUAAAGUAUUCGAUCUCUUAAAUAUAGCUGCAAUAAUCGAUGAUCAAGUUCUCUGUGUUCAUGGUGGACUUUCCCCUGAUAUUAAUCUACUAGAUCAGGUUCGAACCAUUGAAAGAAAUCAAGAGAUACCUUAUAAAGGAGCUUUUUGUGACCUUGUCUGGUCUGAUCCCGAUGAAAUUGAAUCUUGGUCUGUUAGUCCUCGAGGAGCUGGUUGGCUCUUUGGUUUUAAAGUCACUCAUGAGUUUAUGCAUAUGAAUGAUCUCAAGUUGAUUUGUCGAGCACAUCAACUGGUACAAGAAGGAUAUAAAUACAUGUUCGAUGAUAAACUGGUAACCGUCUGGUCAGCACCCAAUUAUUGUUACCGGUGUGGUAAUGUUGCCGCUGUCCUUUCCUUCAACGAUGUCAAUAACAGUUCGGUGAAAAUAUUUUCAGCAGUACCCGAUUCUGAAAGAGAGGUUCCUAAAAACAUUAUCACUCCGUAUUUUCUAUGAUUCGUAUUUGUGUAAAUGUACAAAAAUCAUAAUAUUUAUAAUUUAGUUCGAGAAAACAAAAUCGAUUACCACCAAUAUUGAUUAUCCAUCAUUUAAAAGGUCCACAUAUACACAUUGAUUAAAGAAGGAAAAACCAAAAAGAUGAGACAAAAUGGACAUUCAGAUAAACACACACACAAAUUAUGAUUCUAAAAAAAUCAUCAAGUGAUCAUGUUGAUCUUUAAAAGUUUGACCAAAUCAAUUCAAUAUCAAACACAAGAUGCAUGGAGUUUGGAGUAAUGAAACACUUAUAUAAUUCAAUUGUUUUCAGAAUUUUUUUUCCUUCGUUUAUUAUUAAUGUAAAAUCAUUGAAAUACUUUACUUUCUCCUUUCUCAUCAAGACAAAUGUCAAUAAGAGCUAAGAUUUGUUUUAAUCUUCUAUCCAGUGCAAAUAAAUGCUCACCAGUCAAUAAAGGAUAAAGUGGA